AGUGAAGUUUCUGUAAACAACAAAACCAUCGAGCUUUUUUAGUGUAAACAUUGUAAGUGCGGAACAAUGCCACAAUGCUGAAGUGCAGAGUGAAAAUAUAAAGGAGCGAUAUUUUCCGAAGCCAGAACAACAUACAAAGUUAUCAGAUUCUAACGACUUGGGAUACCUUACAUCAAAAUGUUUGUUGCCGUGGAUAACACAAACACCUUCUUCUCAGAUAAUCCAUAUUAUUUUUACAAUGACAACAAAUCGCCGCGUACUCCAGACUCACAGAGCUCUAGUAAAGGAUUUUCCAUAUUUAAAAGACGUAAUUCAAAGGGAAACAGUCCAAGAGUUGUGCUGCCAGAGCAAUUGCGUCUAAUAACAUCAGCUAAUCUUGAUUCUGCUGCAACAAUUGCAUUAGGUAGCCCGCGCGGUAGUUUUGGUUCAUUAAGCGCUUUCAGUCAUCAAACAUUUGAAUUGCAACCAUUGGUGCAUCCACGUCAACGUUCAUCGAACUCACAUUCAGAAUCAUUUCGCGAACGUUUGGGUUCAUAUAAUGAAUCCUCCGCAUGUACGGAAAACGAUGGCAUCUUUAAUGUAUCGCCAGCAAGCAAACAUCAUCAUCAUACAUUACCAAGCAGUGGCAUACGUCGUCACUCGUUUGGCAAUUGGCGGCAAAAUAGUGAACGCCAUUUGCAACACAAAAAUGCUGCGCUUACAACACCGGAUGAAGUGCCAAAUAUGAUGGCUCCAAGGCCACCAGUAAUAUCACCAAAUAAAUAUCGUGGCUUACAUAGGAGAAGGGAAUAUGCAGUAUCACCAACAAAUCAAAACUAUUUAAUAUAA